UCCGCCGCGAUACGGAGCGGAGGACCAGAAAUCUGCAGCUCCCAGAACGAGGAGAUGAAAAUGAUGCUGCCUGGAAAAAGGGAUUAAUCGUCAGAAAGCAGACAUGCCGCCGCUGAGCAUCCGUCGCGACGCCUGACCGACCAUGAUGAAGACCGAAUCCACAUCCAAGAGCACCGGCUCCGGCUCCACGCUCCGGAGCCCAUCCCCGCACAGGAACGCGUACGAGGCGGGGAUGCAGGCCCUGAAGCCCGUCAAAGACAAUGCCGCCAACGGGGACGUGCAGGAGGGGCCCCGGGGCCGCAGGUACGGCUCCAACGUGCACCGGAUCAAGAACAUGUUCCAGCAGAUGCAGACCACGUCCCCGGCCGAGGCGGAGGGGGAGGACGCGGCCAGGACCGGGGACAAGUCGGUGCGCCUGUCCCUGCCCAGAGCCGGCAGCCUGAACGAGAACGUGGACCACAGCGCGCUGCUCAAGCUGGGGUCCACGGUGUCCGAGCGGGUCAGCAAGUUCGACCCCAAGGCCGAGAACGGCCACCAGCGGGCCUCGUCGCCCAGCUACUCCAAGCUGCAGGAGACGCGCCGCAUCUUCGAGCAGCAGCAGGAGCGGCAGCAGCAGGAGAAGCUGAGCACCACCAGGGUGCUGCUGAAGACCGACAAGGCCUCCGGCUUCCAGGACGGCCGGCUGGACGUGGUGGCCCGCUUCAACGGCAGCACCGAGUCCCUGGACAGCCUGGACACCAGCGAGGCCGUGUCCCCGACGGUCAGCCAGCUCAGCGCCGUCUUCGAGAGGGCGGCCGAGCUCCGGAACAACCUCCACCGGCUGUCCUCCACGCCGCCGCUGCCCUCCCGGGGCGUCAGCGCCAAGGUGGGGGUGUUGAACUCCAAGAUAAUCACCAAGAGGGUCAGUGCCUUCGCGUCGGGCCACCAGGAUGAAGAGAUGAGCAAUCAGAAGGGUCCCCGGGGGAGGGGGACCCCCCCAUCCGAAAGCAUCAACGGGGAUCAGGGUGUCCUGCUCUCCUCUGGACUCUCCAGUAAUGUCGGAGAGUCCAACCAGAAAACAGAAAAGACUGUCUCGGAUGCGGGCGUCGAGGCCAAAGCCGAGGUCCAACCCGAAGAGUAUUAUGGGACCAAGGAGCCCAGAAGCACAACGCAGCAGGAGCACAUCCGCAUCUCGGUGGAGAACGGCGACUCGGCCGCCCAGAAGCAAGGCUCUCCACAGGGCGGCGAGAAGGACGCCGAGGACGAGGACGACAGGACGCUCAGAGACGACCUGUCGGGCCGAGACUCUGUGGAUAUCAGUACCUACAGCGCGGUGGGCGACGACUUCGGAGGGAGCCAGAAGGACGAGGAGGAGGAGGAGGACGAGGAGGACGACCGCUACGAGCCCGAGUCCAGCUGCGUGGAGAUCGCCGCGCUGCCCGCGGAGGAGGACCCGCCCCCUUCCAGGAAGAUCCGCUUCAGUGCAGAGCCCAUCAAGGUUUUCGCCACCUACCCCAACGAGGACUACGACAGGCGCAAUGAGGACGUGGACCCGAUGGCGGCGUCGGCCGAGUACGAGCUGGAGAAGAGGGUGGAGCGGCUGGACCUGUUCCCCGUGGAGCUGGAGAAAGACGGAGACGGGCUGGGCAUCAGCAUCAUCGGGAUGGGAGCCGGGGCCGACAUGGGCCUGGAGAAACUGGGCAUCUUCGUCAAGACGGUGACAGAAGGAGGCGCGGCGCACAGGGACGGCCGAAUCCAGGUGAACGAUCUGAUCGUGGAGGUGGACGGGACCAGCCUGGUGGGUGUGACGCAGAGCUUCGCCGCCUCCGUUCUCAGGAACACCUCAGGGACCGUCAAGUUCGUGAUCGGGAGAGAGAAGCCGGGCGAGCAGAGCGAGGUGGCUCAGCUGAUCCAGCAGACGCUGGAGCAGGAGCGCUGGCAGAGGGAGAUGAUGGAGCAGAGAUACAGCCAGUACAUGGAGGAGCAGGAGGGCGGCGAGUACGGCACGGACGAGGAGGAGGACGAGGACGAGGAGGCCAGCCCGCCGUAUCCCAGCGCCAUCGAGGUGUUCGAGCUGGCGGAGAACGAGGACCUGUCCCCUCUGGAGGCCGACCCCGAGAAGCUGGCCCACAAAUACAAGGAGCUGCAGAUCAAGCACGCCGUGACGCAGGCCGAGAUCCAGCAGCUGAAGCGAAAGCUGCACCACGCCGAGCAGGAGAAGCAGCGCUGGCGGAUGGACAAGGCCCAGCUGGAGCACACCCUGCAGGAGAACAAGGAGCGCAUGGAGAAGCUGGAGGGCUACUGGAUGGAGGCGCAGAGCCUGUGCCAGGCGGUGGACGAGCACCUGAAGGAGACGCAGGCGCAGUACCAGGCGCUGGAGCGCAAGUACAGCAAGGCCAAGCGGCUCAUCAAGGAGUACCAGCAGAAGGAGAUCGAGUAUCUGAAGAAGGAGACGCAGCGCUGCGCUCAGGUGGGGGCGGAGGCCACGCUGCUGAAGGAGGAGUCGGGGCAGCUGCAGGAGCAGGUGGCUGAUCUGGAGUGUCGGGUGGAGGAGCUGAAAUCUGAACCUUUAUAAGCCUUUUUUUCCCCUGUUUUACAUCCAAAACCUGUCCUGAUGGAGUCUAACAGUAGGACGAGUCUCAUGUCUGCUUUCUGUAUCUCAGCCUCCUAAUCCCAUUUUUACAGCUUUUAUUUCUUUCUGUUGUUUUUUUUUUUUAACAUUUAUGAGAACAUGAAGAGUUUUCUCAUUACAAACAAGACUGUGGAGCUCUAGAUGUUACUCUUCCCGUUUCUUUUUUCAGUAUUUAAUCCCCUAAUUUGUGACUUGUGUCGGACCGAGCUCUCUGCUUUGGUUUUUUUUUUUAAUUGCCAAAAAACCCGAACUCCUUUCCCCCCCCCCCCCCCCCCCUUUUUCUCCGUUUGGUGACCUUCUUUCUUUUCUGACUUUGUACAGAUGUGAAACUGUGUGGUUUUAACAAUUGCUUCGGUUUGUAAAAAAAAAAAAAAAAAAAAGUUUUAAUGUGUAUAACAUUUAACAUAAUAUAAAAGUGGCGAGCGCUGCGGGUCGCUGUACAUUUGAGGUGGUGGAGAUGACCUGGAGGAUCCGCUCGGACUGAAUCCACUCCGUUAGGGAUCUUAUCACGUAACCUUGAGAACCACCUGCUGCCUACCUUUCAGAAGUGUUUUGUGUGUUUUUUUUACACCUCCGGGUUCCAAACCCUGCCCCUCAGCCCCCCCCCCCCCCGGAAAAGGGACGCCGGAGAACGGUUAGGGCCGGUCUUAGUGAGGACUACUGAGGAACGACUGGGACGCUACCAGCAGCAGGACCAGCUCGUCCAGCUCCAACCAGCAGCUGCACACGGACAAACACUGCCAGGUUUCUACCUGAUUCAGUUUACGCACACUUUAAAAAAAGUAAAAAAAGAAAAAAAAAGAAAAAAAAAAGUCUACUUGUGUCAACGGUCAUACCAGUAUGUUUGUAUAGUUCAGCUCGGACUGAAAUAUUUGAAUUUUACUUAAUAUUUAUAAUAUAGUCGAGUUGGGAAAUUAUGAGCUAACAGAAGGACAAAAACUGACAGAAGCAAUGCAAAACGUAACGUCCAAUAGACUUAAGUUAUUCUGUGUCAUGUUGAGAAAAAAAAAAAGAAGAGAAAACGUAGAUCUGGAUGACUACAAAAACAAAAUUUAUGAAUUAAUUGAAAAAAAUGGGCAUGGUUAUGAGUAUUUUCAUAAUAUUAAGGCUUGUACAGUGCACAUGCUUUGCAUUGUAUGUUUUGUGGAAUAAAUGGUCAACAGUG